AUGGCCGUAUCGAUUACGGGCGUGCUGGUAAUCACCAUAGCCUUCGCAGGCAUGCUGUGGGGAUUCAGCUCGGCCACGGCAGGGUUCUACUGUGUGCACUGUUGGCGUAACGACAAGAAAUUCCUCCGCGUGGCAGUCGUGCUCGUGUGGGUCGUGGACACUUUCCAUUUUCUGUCCUUUGUUUAUACAAGUCCGCGCCUUUCUCUCCCACCCGUCAUGAUGCUCACGGAGGCUGCUGUAGCAUGGGUUGAAGUGGUUCCUAAACAUGCUUACCUCCAGUUUGACAUCAACGAGCCCAGGACAAUGUUCUAUCUUCAACGAAUAUAUGCUUUCGGUCGGAACAUAUGGACGGCCAUUUUAUUGGGCUUACUGGUCGCGGCAAAUUUUGCAAUGUCUAUCGUGAUCACCUACAAAGCGAUCCUCGGCAAGACAUUACUGGCAUAUCUCCGACUUCAGCUUCUCGCAGGCAUCUUGGCGGCAUUGACGGCGGCGUCCGACAUCGCGCUCACUGGCUGGAUGAUUUAUCUCUUGAUGAAAUCAAGAGGUCAUGGUCCAAGGUCUCGAAGGUUGAUCAAUCGGCUGCUGUUAUACUCGUUGAACUCCGGAUUCGUGACGACUGUGCUCGCGUUGCUCGCUCUCCUGACGCUCUUCCUCUCCCCCACCACCGGGAUCUUUUCCUUCUUCUUCAACGUCGGCGCGCGCACGUACCCGCUCUCGAUGUACAGCAGCCUCAACGCGCGCGAGGGCCUCCGACACACCAUGGCCCGCGGGGAGCCCAUCGCCACCGUGCCCAUCACCGUCACCGUCACCCGCCGCACGGACUCGGGCUCGGACUCGGGCUCGGGCCCCGCCGCCGGCACCUCGAGCUCGGGCAGCCACAGCAUGUCGGUGCGCAUGUCGGUGCCCCGCCCGCCUCCUCCCGUUUCGCUGACUGACGUCCUCCCUCGUUCCCCCCUCCGCGUCGCCCUUCCGCCUUCCGUCUCGUCCGCCCGCAGACCGACGCUCGAUCUCGGUUCUCCCUCCCCUCUCCUAAGUCCCUCGGCUUUCCACCACUCCCGGGACGGCUGGGUCUGA